AUGCUAAUUUGUAUCGUCAAAACCAGGUUUGUAUCCCAACAAUUUUCAGCGAAUCUGAAAAUUUCAGAAAAUUCCAAACACCUUGUCAUUUUUUGAUCGGUUUCACGUGUUUGGCAGAUGGUUUACAUGUCAUUGGACAAUUUGUGUUUUGUUGGCAGCUUUUCGGUGGAUGUGAGCAAAUUUUUUUUUCGUGGCAAAAUUCCAAGUCUAAAAAAAAUUUUCCAGACACUUCUACCCAAACCAAUUGUUUUCUAAUGCUUCUUCCAGCAAUUCUAGGCUAUACAAUUAGCGGGCCUUUAAUUCUCGGCCUAGGUUUGGACCGUUUAAUCGCUGUUAAAUAUCCACAAUUCUACAGUACCCUUCACAAACAUCCAAUUGCAUAUAUUUUUAUCCAAUUAAUUUGCCCACUCAUCUACAGUACUCUUUUCUUGGCUUAUGGUUAUUGGAGUACUGUAGAUGCUACAGUACUUUGUUCAAAUCCAGUUGCAUUAAAUGCCCCAGUUUUUCAAAUUUUUACCUAUUCAUCUGCUCUUAUUUACCUUAUCGUCAUUAUUAUUUACCUUAAAGUCUACCUGAUUUUAAAGGCGCACAAGAAUUCAUCUAGCAAUAUCUUCCGAUCGAUCGCGGUUACUGUAGGUAUCGUAGUCGGUGGCUGGGCUGUGACUACGGUAGCCAAUAUCGUCUCCUACCUAUUUCCCGGCGAAAAUUUUGAGCUAUUUCAAGUCUACGCGGGCGUCGCUGUAAAUUUUGCAGUUUCGGCGAAUAUUCUGGUUUUCUACGCGAUAAAUUUGGAUUAUCGAUUGGCGAUUCGACAACUUCUGGGGCUCAAAAUGCCGUGUGUGAUAGAUCAACAAAACGUGCCGUCGAUCCGUACAAUUUGA